AUGGCAGGCUACAUAGGAAAAAUCGACCCGUUCGACGACAGUAUUGAAACAUGGACUUCAUAUGUUGAGAGACUUGAACAGUAUUUCAAGGCAAACAAAGUCGAAAACAAUAUGAAAGUUCCAGCACUUUUAAGCCUUAUCGGAGGUAAAACAUAUUCAUUGUUACGUGAUCUCACCAGUCCAGAAAAACCGGCGGAUAAAAACUUUCCGGACAUUGUAAAGUUAUUGAAGGACCAUCUAUCACCAAAACCAUCAGUAAUUGCAGAGCGGUUCAGAUUCAAUCGGCGGCAACAAAUGGACGGCGAAUCGGUAAAUGAAUACGUUGCAAAACUUCGGAAACUGGCUGAACAUUGUGAGUUCGGGGACAAUCUAAAUGACACCCUCCGCGAUAGAAUAGUGUGUGGACUGAAUAAUGAGCAAAUUCAGAGACAAUUGUUAUCCAAAACAACACUCACACUACAGAAAGCCAUAGAAAUAUCAGUGGCCAUGGAAACUGCUUCAAAGGAUGCACAUGAACUCAGAGACAAGCAAGUAAGUGUCAACAAAUUGAAUCCUAAUCGAAAUUAUAAACAAAAGUCUGAGACACAACAGUCUAGCAAAUGCAAUCGAUGCAAUGGCAAAAAUCAUGCAUCAGCCGACUGUUACUUUAAGGAAGCCAUCUGCCGAAAAUGCGGGAAAAAGGGUCAUAUCAAACGAGCCUGUAUGACGAAACAAAAGCCAACAACAUUCAAACAGAAGGAAUAUGUAAGAAACGUUGACCAAACAGAAAGUGAUGACAGCGAUUCCUCAUGCGGGAUAGAAAAAUUAAGCAUAAAUUCCGUCAUCAAACCUGAUGAUAGUCCGAUACUCUUAAAUGUCAGAGUAAAUGGAAAGGAUAUUCAAAUGGAAUUAGAUACCGGAUCAGCCGUAUCUGUGAUAUCCGAGGAGAAGUUCCGAGAAAUAUUCGGAAAGCAGCCAUUGAAGCCGAGCAAUAUCAAACUCCGUACUUACUCAGGAGAAAAAUUAAAACCGGUAGGAGUUCUAGAUGUAAAGGCGGAACACAACGGUCAAAGUGUCGCUUGUGAGCUCUACGUGGUGAAAAACGGAUCAACAACCUUAUUUGGAAGGUCAUGGCUAAAGCAAAUAAAAAUUGACUGGAAAAGUGUCAAAAGUGUUAUGAGUGUCACUACAAUCAAAAGUGAAAAUAAAAGCAAAGUGCAAUCUGUGUUACAAAAGUAUAGUUCAGUGUUUUCAGAUGGAAUUGGUAAAGUUGAAGGGAUUAAAGCUAAUCUCCAUUUAAACGAGGAUGCAAAGCCAAUCUUCUGUAAAGCACGACCCGUUCCGUUCGCAAUGAAACCCAAAAUUGAACAAGAGCUAGAAAAUCUAGAAAAUAUGGGAAUUCUGGAAAAAGUAAACACAAGUGAAUGGGCAACUCCCAUUGUCGCGGUGCCCAAGAAAAAUGGUAAAGUAAGGAUAUGCGGUGACUUUAAAGUCACAAUCAACCCUAAGAUGAAUGUGGAUCAAUAUCCCCUACCAAAAAUUGAGGAUAUUUUCGCAUCACUGUCUCAAGGAGAACAUUUCUCAAAAAUUGACUUGCGACAAGCCUAUCUUCACAUGGAAAUGGAGGAAAAGUCAAAAACUUACCUCACAAUCAACACCCACAAAGGACUAUAUCGAUAUAAUAGACUAUUAUAUGGAGUAGCAUCAGCGCCCUCAAUUUGGCAAAGAACAAUGGACCAGGUUCUCCAAGGAAUACCAGGAGUUCACUGUAUCUUGGACGACAUGAUUGUCACAGGUAAAACCGAAAACGAGCACUUGAGAAAUUUAGAUAGUGUUCUUCAACGCCUCCAAAAUUUUGGACUGAGAGCGAACCUUGAAAAAUGUGAAUUUUUCAAAGACAGUGUUAAGUAUUGUGGACAUGAAGUCACAAAAGAGGGAAUCUGGAAAACUAAAAACAAAAUUGACGCAGUAUUAAGAACGCCAGCUCCAGAAAAUAUCACGCAACUAAGAUCAUUUCUAGGUCUCGUAAACUAUUACAACAGAUUCUUACCAAAUCUGGCAAGCGAAUUAAAACCCUUGCACGAAUUGUUGGAGAAAGGACGAAAAUGGUCUUGGAAAGAAAAACAACAGAAAGCAUUCGAAAAAGCAAAAACGCUUAUAACUUCGGAUACCGUACUUGCGCAUUAUGACCCCGAAAUGGAGCUAUGUCUCGCUUGUGAUGCCUCACCUUAUGGAAUAGGAGCUGUAUUGUCACACAAGUAUGACAACGGAAGCGAACGACCGAUAGCUUAUAUCUCAAAAACGCUGACAAAAUCAGAGCGAAACUACGCACAAAUCGACAAAGAAGCACUUGCGAUUUACUGGGCAGUUAAGAAAUUCUAUCCUUAUCUCUUUGGACGAAAGUUUACUUUGAUUACGGAUCACCAACCACUUACAUCGAUCUUUAAUCCUUCAAAGAGCAUCCCAGUAACGUCUGCUUCAAGAUUGCAAAGAUAUGCUGUAUUUUUGUCAGGAUUUACAUAUGAUAUUGUGUACAAAAGUACCAAGAAACACACAAAUGCCGAUGCGUUAUCGAGACUCCCUAUGAAGUCAAAUGACAACGAUGGACCAGAUGCAUCGGAAAUAUUUAACAUUGAGCAAAUAGAAAAUUUGCCAGUGACCGCAAAAGAAAUUGCAAAAGAAACAAAAAGAAACCCAAUGCUGAGUCGUGUAUACCAGCAUGUGACAUCAGGAUGGAUAAAACCAGAGGACAAAUCCUUGAUGCCGUUCUACAAUCGUAGAGAUGAAAUUACCACACAACAUGGAUGUUUGAUGUGGGGAAUUCGGGUGAUCAUUCCGACAAAAUUCCGUAAUAGAAUAUUGGAAACUCUUCAUGCAUCGCACCUAGGAGUCGUGAAAAUGAAGGGCAUUGCGAGAAGUUACGUAUGGUGGCCUGGGAUUGAUAAAGAUAUCGAAAACAUCACAAAAUCUUGCACUGGAUGCGCAAAAAUUCAAAACAAUCCAAGCAAAGCACGCGUACAUCCCUGGGAAUGGCCUUCAGCACCCUGGCAGAGGAUACAUAUUGACUUCGCAGGACCAUUCUUAGACAAAAAUUUUCUCAUCAUGGUUGACGCGCACUCUAAAUGGCCUGAAGUUUUCCCGAUGAAUAAAAUCACAUCGUUUAAAACCAUCGAAAUCCUUCGCACAGUUUUCGCAAGAAAUGGAAUUCCAGAGCAAAUCGUUUCAGACAACGGACCACAGUUUACGUCACGUGAAUUUGAUGAUUUUACAAAGAAAAACGGAAUUAAACAUUUCAAAUCUGCUCCAUAUCAUCCAGCAACUAAUGGAUUAGCCGAAAGAUUCGUACAAACUUUCAAACGAAGCAUGAAAUCUAUGAAAAACAACGAAAUGUCGAUCAACAAAAAGAUUGCGAAUUUCUUAUUGCUGUAUAGGAACGCGCCUCACAGUAUCACCAAUGAGACACCAGCAAAACUAUUUCAUGGAAGAAAUCUGCGGACAUGCCUAGAUUUAAUACGACCCGAUACCAGGAAAAUCGUGGAAGACAAAACCAUGAAAAACGCCGUGGAGGAGAAAGGAACAGUCCGAGAAUUUAAAGAAAACGAUCAUGUAAUUGUGCGAGAUUACAGAAGUAACAAUAAAUGGAUUGACGGACAGAUAAGAUCUAAACUAGGACCGUUAUCUUACGAGGUUACAACAAAACAAGGAAGCGUAUGGAAAAGACACGUAGAUCAAAUGCGCGAUUCAAAACCAAAACCUGAUGAACAAUGUACUGUAAAUUACCCAGUGUCAGAACAACAAGAGCCCGUAACUGAUGAGACAAACGCGCCAGGUAUCAACGAGUCUCCAGUCAGCCCACAGGCAGAUAACGCGAUAUCCGAACCGCUAAAUAAACGUUAUCCGACGCGUGUGCGAAAACAAACCAAAAGACUCAUUGAAGAGUGUUGA